AAUAAACUCAUUUUAUUUAAUUAAUAAUAAAUGGUUGAAAUUAAAAUAGUCAAAGUAUUCAAUUCUCUCUCUCUCUCUCUCUCUCUCGAUUUGCCAAUAAAUUGUAGAUAAUCGCCACCAAACUCUUUCACAAGUCAUAACAGUCGUUUAAAGAUUGAUCUUUUUUCUUGUCUUCUUUUGUUUGUGAAAAUCGAAAAUUCAGUUAUGGCGGAGAUCUCGGGACACGGCCAUGGCGACGGCAGAGAAGGAUCAGUAGUGGUAAAUCUCAAGGAAGAAAACGAACAUCAACGACAAACAGAAGCUGAAUAUAACUCAUCACCCGUGAAGAAACAAGACUCUCUCCUCUCAUUCUCUGUUCCUUUCUUACAAAAGUUGAUGGCGGAGAUUCUGGGAACCUACUUUUUGAUAUUCGCCGGUUGUGCAUCGGUGGCCGUAAACGCCCAACACGACAAAGCCGUGACUCUUCCGGGGAUCGCCAUCGUUUGGGGACUCGCCGUCAUGGUUCUUGUUUACUCUCUCGGCCACAUCUCCGGCGCUCAUUUUAAUCCGGCUGUCACAAUCGCCUUCGCCUCUUGCGGCCGUUUCCCUCUCAAACAGGUUCCGGCUUACGUGAUAUCACAAGUGAUCGGCUCGACCCUCGCGGCGGCGACUUUGAGGCUGCUGUUCGGACUUGAUCAAGACGUUUGCAGUGGAAAACACGAUGUGUUCGUCGGAACAUUACCGUCGGGCUCGAAUUUGCAGUCGUUUGUGAUCGAGUUUAUCAUCACUUUCUACCUAAUGUUCAUCAUUUCCGGCGUCGCUACCGAUAACAGAGCGAUCGGAGAACUUGCGGGACUAGCAGUAGGAUCAACAGUGCUGCUCAACGUGAUAAUUGCCGGACCGGUAUCAGGAGCGUCAAUGAAUCCAGGAAGAAGUUUAGGACCAGCAAUGGUAUAUAAUUGCUACAGAGGAAUUUGGAUUUACAUAGCGUCUCCAAUACUUGGUGCGGUUACGGGUGCAUGGGUUUACAACACGGUUCGAUAUACCGAUAAACCGCUGCGAGAAAUUACCAAUAGCGGUUCGUUUUUAAAGACCGUGAGAAACGGUAGCUCUCGCUAAGUUGUUAAAUAAAGUUCAUGGCUAUGUUAACUUAGCCAUCGGAGGUGUUGACUAUCAAUUAGAAGUUAUGGGAGUGUUUUGGUAUUGCACGAGUUUUUGUUUUUUAAUGGGUAAAAAAUUUAUGGUAUAACGAAAUCGUAACAACUUUGACCAGGCCUUACGUAAUAUGGUUGUAUUAAUUAUUAUCUCUUUCCCUUGUCUUUUUAAUGCGAAAGGUUCUAUCUUCAUAUUUAUUGAGAACUGUAUUCUGUUACUUUUUAAAAUAAUGAAUUUCAAUUCUGAAAGCCGAC